AUGGCCAAUCCGUCUGUGACAGAACAUGACGGUUCUUCUGAGCUGCCUAAAUUCUUUUGCAGGAAACGAACCGAAUUACAGGAACGACCGUCCGGAGGACGCUGUUUGUUUGAUUUUGUAGAAGAUUCUGAUAAUACUGAUAGUAAGAGAGCCAGAUUAUCAAGUGAUGAGCCCACCGACGAGGCUAUCUCGGUCCAUGAAGUGCUGGACAUGAUCUCGCCAUCUGAUCUCAAAGCAAUCGUGAAAGAAUUGCUUGUUGACAAGGUUGCCGGCCCGGUUUUGAAGAGAAAGUUGCUUGCGACAACUGACAAUCCCCGGAAUACGCCCGCGAGGAAGCACAGAAAUUCAGCCAGCGUAUACGUUCCAAUUCAUCAGAAGAAAGAUCAGGAGAUUAUCAAUGAAGCAUACAAGAUGAGAGGACUGGAAUGCGGUUCCGCCUGGGCUCACGCUCUCCAGAAAUACCUCCCUUGUAUCAAAGAACUUGCAGAGUGUGGACCACUUGUUGACAGCCUUUAG